AUGCCAAUAAUCAAAACGCCCCAGCUGCGCGUUGCCGCAAAAGAGAAGCCAGUUUUGCGUAAGGCCUUGGUGACCUUGCGCGACCGCUGCACGCCACAGCUUGUUGCAAAGACUUUGUGGUCCGUGUUGUCCAACGUCUUCUGUGUGAGGGUGCAGAUGUUGACUGCGAGGACCGGGCGAAGGUUGCAGUGGCAGAAGCUUUGGCACUGGAGGCAGCGGGCAGUUCGCAGGAGGCCACGGGUUCUCGAGCUGUUCUUGCCCGAGCAAGCAAGAAGGUGUUCCGUAGCAGGCAAGCUGCUUCAGGAGCUCUGGGCGUCGCGUUUGGACGCCGAUAAGGCCGAAACGAAAAUGGAAGUACGCAAGUAUCUCGACCAGAACUCUACGCUCAACUCGCAUUACAUCAAGAUUGCCGGCCAGAUGACACAGUGCCACUCCCUGCAACGCUCCAAACGCAAGUUGUGGAUGCUAAGCCCCGAGAUGCAAAAACUCAUGUCCUUGUCAACGUGGACACGGCACUUGCGAAUGCACCAUCGGCAGUACGUCAAGUACAAGAAGACAGUGGACGUUUGUGGAAUAUGCCACAAGUACGAUGUUGUGACCGUGCCGCGUGUGAAGCGCGAACUUCAUGAGACCAGGAACCUGCUGUGCUCCCAGAGUCCCACAUACUUCGACAACCUGGACCGCUUCUGGGCUGGCAUGAAGGCUUCCGGGAAGACAGAUCCAGCGCUUGGGCCGCAAUUUGCUGACAUUAGUGGUGCUUUGAGCAUUAGAACCACAGCAGUUUCCGGGAAUGUCUGUCAGGACGAUACUUGCAGCACUCAGUAUGUCAAGGGGACGGUUCAGUACAUUGACAAGAACAUGGCCAAGCGAGAACGGACUCCAACUUCUCGCGAGCCUGGGAAUCUUAUUCGGUUGCAUGAAUUAAGAGAGAAGGAACUGGAAGCACUCAAGAUCCUCAGAGGCACACUCGCAACGUUGGAAGCAUGCGAGCACCACUUCCACUCGGUGCGUCGCCAGCACUCUUGCAGAGAGAAGCUGGAAGUAGCGAUGUCCCCUGGAACCUUGCUCCUUCAGCUCGAUUACGCUGAAAACGUCACCAUUCCUGUGGGACCUGUCGAAGAGCAAUCCUGGUUUUGGGCUACAUCAAGAUUGGGCAUAUCAACCUUGGGCAUCUAUGCUCGCUUUGAUCAAGCAUUGAAGGACGUCAUUCAGCGCCUGAAGCCUGACUUAACAGGCAUGGAACACAUCAUGCAGUGGACUGACUGUGGACCCCAUUACAGAGCAUAUGCCUUCUUGGCCACAGCAGUCCCGUUGCUUGCGCAGUCCCACCGCUGGAGUUCCAUCAGCUUCAACUUUUUUGGCGAACAUCAUGGAAAAGGAAGGAAUGACGGACAAUUCGGCCUGCAGCGAAAAUGGCUAGAGGCUGCUACCAGCAGGAAAGUCAUUUCCACGAUGGAGCACUUCACUGAGGCUCUGCAAGAAGGUGCCGCGCACACAAUGCGAACUGAUCCCCCACCUGCAGGCCCCAAGUAUGACAUUGUCCACUUUCAUCCUCCCCAACCGAAGAAGUUCAAUUACUUGGAUGCAGGUUCGAUGGAUUUGAAAGUGGAGUACACGUACUGUGUUUGCUUCCGAAAGACCAAGAAUAAGCUUUACCCGGUGUUGUUGGACGACUGCACGUACAGCGACCGCUUCAUUUCACGCGAGAAGCCUCGAGAGCUCGGAGCACCUUCUCUGAUUGUGAAAGAUUCAGCUGAAGGGCGGGUCUCACAUCGCAAGGACGAGCCCGAAAAGGAAGGCCUGCCGGAGAAUUUGCUGCGUCGGCGCCUGGAGCAGCAAAGGCAUGCCCGUUCAAGUGAAAUUACGUUUCGGCACACACCGGAGAUGGAGAGGAUUCUGGCCAUCGAAAAGGAACAAGCACGUAAAAAAGCCAAGGCUAAGCGAGCACAGGUCGUGUUUGUGCGCCAGUCACAAAGUGACGGCGGCGCCAGCAGCAGCAGCAGCAGCAGCAGCAGUAGCAGUAGCAGCAGCAGCUGA